UAUCCAACGAGUCGCUUUAAUAAACGUUAUCGUAUUGAAACAGUUCACAAUAUUAACUCAUCUACUUUGCAAUUAGCCGUUAGUUUACGCAACGUACAGAUAACUACGCCACGUGUUCCCAAUAAAUAAAAUAUCGUAGAGAAAUUGUUAACCUUCCCGGAGUUUUUUAAACCGUUAAAAAUGAGUCAAAUCAAAAGAGUUCUUGUUAUCUACACCGGUGGUACUUUUGGAAUGUUGAAAAAUGAGAAAGGCGUAUUGACUCCGCAAAAAGACAUAGAGCACAGAGUGAUUAGAAAAUUAUCGCAACUUCACGACGAGAGUUAUUGGCACAAACACCUGGCCAAGACGGACAAAGCUGAUUACCUUGUAUUACCAGAUGGCAAAGAUACAGAUAUUAAAGUUUUAUACAAAAUCUACGAAUACGAAGAAUUAAAGGAUUCAUCAGAUUUCAUGAUCGAAGACUGGCUUAAAAUGGCUCGCGAUAUAAAGAAAUUUUACUAUGACUACGAUGGAUUUGUGGUCCUGCACGGAACGGAUACGACGGCAUACGGUGCUUCCGUGCUGUCAUUUAUGUUGGAAUCGGUUGGCAAGACAGUAGUACUCACUGGAGCGCAGGUGCCGAUAUUCCAGCCUCGCAGUGAUGGUAACAACAACAUACUAUGCGCUAUCUUGAUCGCAGCCACGUUACACAUUCCUGAAGUUACAGUGUUCUUCGGUGCUAAGCUUUUUAGGGGAACAAGAGUGAAGAAAGUCUCGAACACAAAAAUAUACGCUUUCGAUUCCCCAAACUUCCCGCCACUACUGGAGGCAAAAACAACACUUGAAGUAGAUCCAAAAAUGCUCAUCCACCCGCCUGGCUCAGUUCCCGAUGAAUGCAGACUACACGACAAACUUGCCCAGAAAGUUUAUGUGUUAAAAGUAGCACCCACGAUUACUCCAGAAAUUAUAAGAGCGGUCUUUGAAGGAAUGGAAGGUGUAGUCCUAGAAACAUACGGAAACGGAAAUAUUCCGAUCAAGCGCAAAGAGAUCUAUAAGGAAAUAGAGAAAGCUGUGAAGAACAACGUACUGGUCGUAAACGUGACUCAGUGCAUAAACGGGACAGUGCAGGGAAAGGCCAUCUACGAGACUGGACUUCUGCUAGUGGAGUGCGGUGUAGUACCUGCAUUCGAUAUGACGGCAGAGGCAGCGCUGGCAAAACUUUCCUACGUGCUUACAAAAACUGAACUCAGCUACCAGGAAAAAGUUGAGCUGAUGAAAACUAACAUACGAGGUGAAUUAUACAACCCAAACCAUUGACGACUGGAACGCGAUACUGUAUUUAGAAUAAAAUUAGAUACUAUUAAUAAAUUAAUAUUUAAUU